CGGAUUGCGGCCAGCCCACGACCCCACCCAGUUCUUCCCGUACGAGGACCUGGUGGGCACAAUGCUGCACGAGCUCGUCCACAAUGUGCGUGGUCCACACGACGCAAUGUUCUACAGGCUGCUUGACGAGCUGAAAGCCGAGACAGAGCAGCUGAUGGCGAAGGGGUAUACUGGCGAUGGGUUCUAUUCGUCGGGAACGCGGGUUGGUACGGGUGUUUCGCAUAAUGCCCCCAGGAGCCAGCUGCGGGACCGGGACACUCAAGGCAAUUGAGGCAAGACAACGGAAACAGGUGCUUGGCGGGCGGCCACGGACCUUGGGCGAAAGCCAAAAUGCAAAGGCAUGGCGGGCAGAGCAGGCCAGGUACACACCAGCGCAGAUGGCUGCCAGGGCGGCUGAGCGGCGACUGCGCGACGAGAGGUGGUGUGGCGAGGCAAUGGCUGGUGUAGUCGACGAGACCAAGCCCAGCAGCGAUGAUGACGAUGUCGUUUUUGUUGGAUCCACAAUGGCAGCUCCGAGCGAGCCUGAUUGUGAUAUCCGAUUCAGAGUGACCUCAGCAAUACUUUUCCUGCUCUUUUCUAUAGUUUUUUUUUGUAUUUGCUCCAUCUAUAGUAAAUUCAUAAUGUCGUGGCUGCAGCGGGGGUUGUUUGGGCGCAAGCGCAGCGAGUCUACGCCAAAAGAAGAGGCGGCUAAAUCGAAUGCCAAACCAGAGCACGACGAGGCUGUUGAGUUGGUUGACGCUGGGCCAAUGCCGACUGACGAGGACCUGCAAAACAUCGACUCGCUGUUUGCACGCAUGAGCGUAGUCGAAAUGCGCAAGUAUGAGCAGAACCUGCAGGCGCACAUUGAGAACACCCGGCGACAAAUGCGCAAAGUGGCCGGCGAGCACUAUCCAGAUCUGAUCAACGCUGCAGACUCGGUCGUGGCCAUGGACACGUCGUCGGCGAACAUCAGCAAAAAGAUCAGCGACUUGAAGGGCAUGCUGGGCGAAGCCAAGGGUGCGGCAGUAGAGUUGCCCAGCGGAGCAGCGCAGGAGAAGCCGGCGUUGAGGGAGCCGCAGGAGGAGCUGAAGAGCAAGAUGUAUUCCAUUGCAGCGCAGGUCAAGGUUUUGGUGGAUACCCCGGAGCAGAUAUGGAAGGCGCUGGAGUCGAAGAGGUUCUUGCAGGCAUCACUGCUGUUCAUGAUUGCACGAGAAAUACACGAGCGGCUGAGCGAGCAGUCGAAAGCAGAGUUUGGCGGCCAGCGAUGACGACGAGCACACCAUUGUUGACCCGCUGCUUGCAUUCCCAGUCAUAGAGAGGCAGUGGGCAUCAGUGGCUCCGUUCCGGGAGCAGAUUCUCGCCAAGGCUAAUCACUUGCUAUCCACAGACGACGACGAGCGGGUGGAGGCAUUUAUGAAUGCAAUCUGUGCGAUUG